AUGACCGAUCAUACCAAUGAUCAAAACAACAAACACAACACGCCCCAAUGGGGUAGAUACACUCGCUUCAUGGAGUUGGAGGGGUCGUUGUUUCCCGACAACGAGGGAGACUUCGCCUCCUCCUUCAUGAAUCCCAGAAGGCCGAGGGAUCAAUCGGAUCAGCCUGCUCCCUUCGGGAACAGGGUUUGGACUGGGGAAGCAUUUGUAUAUGCUCCUCCUCCCCGACCCGAGGAGCAAAUGGAUUUUGAUUCAUACCAAAAUCCAUCCCUCCGACAAUCUGGCAUGACAGAAGUCCCAGGAAGUGCAGGGAUCCUGCCAGGAUCCCCACAUGUCGGGGGCCCGUCGUACUUGGGGAAUCCCCAAGGUUCUGGGUCCGCCCGACAGCAAGACAAGGACAAGUUCCAAUUUGUCGGGUGGAACGAUGAAGCCAAGCGGAUGCUAUACCGCUGGAAACGGAUUUUGAAGAAGGGUCCGUCUUUCUUCUUACACCAAUUCCCAGGGGAGACCGAGGCAUCGCUGCGAGAUGCUUGGGACAAGUACGGCGAGGAAGGGAAGCGGCUAUACGAAGAAUGGGAGGCUGCGCAAGAAGAAGAGUAA